AUGGUGUUUGGUAUCCAGAAGCUCAUCCAGGACCACCUGGUGGAGAGAAGAAUCCGCAGAACUCGGCUGGUGACCAAAGAUGGCCGCUGCAACAUUGAAUUUGGCAACGUGAAAUACGGCAACCACUUUGCUUUCCUUGUGGACUUCUGGACAACCUUCGUGGAGUUCCGCUGGCGCUUUGUCCUCUUCUUCUUCAUCACCUCCUUCACCCUGAGCUGGUUCAUCUUCAGCCUGCUGUGGUUCUGGAUUGCCUGGAACAACGGGGAUCUGAAGUGGCAGAACCCCUCAAACGACCACACCCCCUGUGUGUGGAACGUCGUCGGUCUCACUACAGCCUUCCUCUUCUCCCUAGAGACCCAGACCACCAUCGGGUAUGGUGUACGCGUCAUUACCCCUCACUGUCCUGGUGCUGUAGCCCUCAUCAUUAUCCAGACUCUCAUAGGGGCCCUCAUACACUGCUUCAUAUGUGGAGUCAUCGUCUCCAAGAUAUCCCUCCCUAAGAAAAGAGCCAAGACCAUCGCAUUCAGUGAGAUGGCUGUCAUCUGUCCUAAGAAGGACUUCCUUUGCCUCAUAAUAAGAGUGGCCAACUUACGCAAGACCCUGAUGAUCGGGAGCCAAAUCUACGGCAAGCUGUUGAGGACAACCGUCAAACCCGAUGGGGAGACAAUCAUCAUGGACCAGGUGAACAUUGAGUUCAUGAUGGACGCUGGGAAGGACAACCUCUUCUUUGUGUGCCCUCUCACACUCUACCAUGUGAUUGACAAGGCUAGCCCUUUCUUUGACAUGGCAGAGGACACCUUCCAUAAACAGGAGUUUGAGCUGGUGGUCUUUCUGGACGGCACAGCCGAGACCACCAGCUCAGCCUGCCAGGUCAGGACUUCCUUCAUCCCUCAGGAGAUCAUGUGGGGUUACAACUUCCUGCCCAUCAUCUCCCGCAGCAAAGAGGGCAAGUACAGAGUGGACUUCUCCAACUUCUCCAAGGUUGAGGCGGUGACCACUGCACACUGUGCCUACUGCUUCCACAACAUAGUAGGACACCACCUCCCCUCCAUUAAUGGAAUUGACAACGGUGGAUUUGGAGUGAUUGGUAUCCUAGAAUAACUUAUACGAUGUGAACUUUUGGAUGCAAAAUGUAUAAUACGUACAGUUGAAGUUGGAAUUUUACAUACACUUAGGUUGGAGUCAUGUAAAAUUGUUUUUCAAACACUCCACAAAUGUCUUGUUAACAAACUAUAGUUUUGGUAAGUCGGUUAGAACAUUUACUUUGUGCAUGACACAAGUAAUCUUUCCAACAAUUGUUUACAGACAGAUUAUUUCACUUAUAAUUCACUGUAUCACAAUUCCAGUGGGUCAGAAGUGUACAUACACUAAGUUGACUGUGCCUUUAAACAGCUCGGAAAAUUCCAGAAAAUUAUGUCAUGGCUUUAAAAGCUUCUGAUAGGCUAAUAGAUAUCAUUUGAGUCAAGUGGAGGUGUACCUGUGGAUGUCUUUCAAGGCCUACCUUCAAACUCAGUGCCUCUUUUCUUGACAUCAUGGGAAAAUCAAAAUUAAUCAGCCAAGACCUCAGAAAAAAAUUGUAGACCUCCACAAGUCUGGUUCAUCCUUGGGAGCAAUUUCCAAACGCCUGAAGGUACCACGCUCAUCUGUACAAACAAUAGUACGCAAGUAUAAACACCAUGGGACCACUCUGCCGUCAUACCGCUCAGGAAGGAGAGGUGUUGUGUCUCUUAGAGAUGAACGUACUUUGGUGCGAAAAGUGCAAAUCAAUCCCAGAACAACAGCAAAGGACCUUGUGAAGAUGCUGGAGGAAACAGGUACAAAAGUAUCUAUAUCCACAGGAAAACGAGUCCUAUGUCGACAUAAACUGAAAGGCCGCUCAGGCAAGGAAGAAGCCACUGCUCAAAAACCGCCAUGAAAAAGCCAGACUACGGUUUGCAACUGCACAUGGGGACAAAGAUCAUACUUUUUGGAGAAAUGUCCUCUGGUCUGAUGGAACAAAAAUAUAACUGUUUGGCCAUAAUAACCACCGUUAUGUUUGGAGGAUAAAGGGUGAGGCUUGCAAGCCGAAGAACAACAUCCCAACCGUGAAGCACGGUGUGGCAGCAUCAUGGUGUGGGGGUGCUUUGCUGCAGGAGGGACUGGUGCACUUCAUAAAAUAGAUGGCAUCAUGAGGGAGGAAAAUUAUGUGGACAUAUUGAAGCAACAUCUCAAGACAUCAGUCAUGAAGUUAAAGCUUGGGUCUUCCAAAUGGACAAUGACCCCAAGCAUACUUCCAAAGUUGUGGCAAAAUGGCUUAAGGACAACAAAGUCAAGGUAUUGGAGUGGCCAUCACAAGCCCUGACCACAAUCCUAUAGAAAAUGUGUGGGCAGAACUGAAAAAGCGUGUGCGAGCAAGGAGGUCUACAAACCUGACUCAGUUACACCAGCUCUGUCAGGAGGAAUGGGCCAAAAUUAACCCAACUUAUUGUGGGAAGCUUGUGGAAGGCUACCCGAAACGUUUGACCCAAGUAAAAAAAUAAAUAAGACAAUGCUACCAAAUACUAAUUGAGUGUACAGUAUGUAAACUUCUGACCCACUGGGAAUGUGAUGAAAGAAAUAAAAGCUGAAAUAAAUCUUUCUCUCUACUAUUAUUCUGACAUUUCACAUUCUUAAAAUAAAGUGGUGAUCCUAACUGACCUAAGACAGGGAAUUAAACGUCAGGAAUUAUAAAAAAAACUGAGUUUAAAUGUAUUUAGCUAAGGUGUAUGUAAACUUCCGACUUCAACUGUAUAUAUACAUACAGUAGGAUCCGAAAUUAAAGAUACCGUUGUUAAGAUGAGCAAUAUUGACUGUAUAAAAUAAGUAAAAAACUGUGCUCUAUUGCAUCCAACUUUUUGGGGGGAAAAAAACCCUAUGCCAGCAUAUCAUGCUCAAGGAAAGCACCUCGGGAUAACAAGGGCAGUAAC